AUGUCAAACAGUAUUACUAACUUUGAAAAUUUAGGCUUAUCAAGAUGGUUGGUUGAAUCGCUAAAAUCUAUGAAAAUUACUACACCAACUGCUAUUCAAAAACAUUGUAUUCCAGAAAUCUUAAAAGGAAGAGAUUGUAUUGGUGGUGCAAAGACAGGUUCUGGUAAAACUAUUGCAUUUGCUGGCCCCAUGCUAACUAAAUGGUCUGAAGAUCCAUGCGGUAUGUUUGCUGUGAUAUUAACCCCAACAAGAGAAUUAGCUAUGCAAAUUGCUGAGCAGUUUACUGCACUUGGUAGUAGCAUGAAUAUCAGAGUUUGUCUGGUUGUUGGUGGUGAAAAUAUUGUUAAGCAAGCUUUGGAAUUACAAAAUAAGCCUCAUUUUAUUAUUGCCACACCAGGUAGGCUAGCGCACCAUAUUCUAAGGUCAGGGGAAGAUACUGUUGGUGGUUUUAUUAGAUGUAAAUAUUUAGUUUUAGAUGAAGCAGAUAUCCUAUUGACCUCUACUUUCAGUAAAGAUUUAUCAGUUUGUAUAGGUAAAUUACCUCCAAAAGAAAAAAGACAAACAUUACUAUUUACAGCAACUAUAACAGAUCAAGUGAAGGUAUUACAAGAUGCCCCUAAACAUGAUGGUAGACUUCCAUUAUUUUCAUAUCAAGUAGAGUCUAUUGACAAGGUGGCAAUUCCAUCAACCUUAAAGACCGAGUACGUUCUGGUUCCAGGUCAUGUCAAGGAGGCAUAUUUAUAUCAUUUAUUAACUUGUGAAGCAUAUAAUGAAUCAAGUGCCAUAGUAUUUGUUAAUAGAACUGUGACUGCGGAAAUAUUAAGAAGAACGUUAUACGAUUUAGAAGUAAGGGUAACGUCACUUCAUUCUCAAAUGCCACAGCAAGAAAGAACAAAUUCAUUACAUAGAUUUAGAGCCAAUGCGGCAAGAGUGUUGAUUGCCACAGAUGUUGCUUCUAGAGGUUUAGAUAUUCCUACGGUUGAAUUAGUUAUAAAUUACGAUCUACCGGCGGACCCAGAUACCUUUAUUCACAGAUCUGGUCGUACCGCUCGUGCUGGGAGAACUGGUGACGCUAUAUCUUUCGUUACACCAAAUGAUAUCUCAAGAAUUCAAUCAAUUGAAGAACGUAUCAAUAAGAAAAUGUCUGAAUGUGAUAAGUUACACGAUACCGCUGUUAUUUAG